UAAUUUGCUCUUCGUUCGUUUUACAAUGGGUUCACAAGAGUGAAGGCGAGGAGAAGAUGAGAAGACAUGGAAUAUCGAGAGAAGUGAGGAAAAGAAAAAGGAGAGGGGGAAAAAAAGAUCACCGACCGAAGCACAUGUCAGCUGUACAGAUCAGAUGAGGUACCUAACGUACGGAUGCUUCGUACCUGGCCAUGCAUAUCCCGGUCCUUCCACUGUCUCUACGCGUAGUUAUCUGGAGGUUUUCUGUCGCGGUACAUGUGAGUGGGGGGGGCAGACGCCUUCUCCGGUCUUUCUUUCUUUAUCUGGAAAGUGGAAAGGCGGCCAAAAAGGUUGACCUGCCAAAACAAACCGCCAGGCCAGGAGGGGCAAAAUGUGAAGUUGGUCCGUGCACUCUGGCCGACGACCCCGCCCCCUCAUUUCCUCGACUCCUCCCGCGUCUCCGUCACCCCAUGCUCUUUUGCCAACCGGACGUUCGCACCUACGGCCUUCGGCGACGCCCGUGGACCAGACCGAGGCCGGUGGUCUCACCAUUGGGAUAUGAGGAGAUCGAAUACACUGUAUAAUAUGAUGUAAAUCUCGCCGAGUAAUCUCUGAAUAUUGGGUAUCAUGUUGAUAUGUCUGCAGUUAUCGACUCCUCGCUUCGGCGAAGACAACGUCCGUAUACAGGACCGAAGAGGGGGAUUAGGAAAGGAAAUGGAAAGAAAAAUAAACAAAAAGAUAAGAAAAGAAAAAAAAGUGUCAAA